AACUUUUAGCCUAAAAAUCUCUGUCUUCAUCUGGCCCUCCUUCCCUCUCUGGAGACUGGCCUUUGUUUUGACUCUUGUGCAAUGUCAGUGACCAUAUCUUUACCCCACAGCUCUCCUGCUCACUGCUAUGACCACUCCCCUGGAAGAUGCAAUGGACACCUUGAUCAGGAUUUUCCAUCACUACUCGGGCAAAGAAGGAGACAGAUAUAAGCUCAGUAAAAGAGAACUCAAGGAGCUCCUUACCAGAGAGCUCACUGACUUCCUUUCAGGCCAAAAGGACCCUCUCCUCUGUGAUAAAAAUAUGAAUGACCUGGACUCCAAUAAGGACAAUGAAGUGGAUUUUAAUGAAUUCGUAAUUCUGGUUGCAUGCUUUGACUGUGCAUGUAAUGAUUUCUUUGAAGAACAGCUAAAGAAGAGGAAUUUUAAAAAUCCCUCGGUGUGAAUCAAUCUCCUGGCCACAAAUGCAAGCAAAGCAUGCCUAGUUAGGUAGCCCUCAUUGGUGUUCAGUGAAUAACAAACCAAAAUUCCUCCAACUGUUACUGCUCUAAGACAUUUAUGGAGCUCAUCAGCAGCUGGUGUAAGCUGGACCACAGCCAGCUUAUACUACUUGAGAUGUGUAAUAUUUCCAGUCUUUGCACUCCAUGCAUCUGUAACAUGCCUUCAUCAGUUGCCCAGGUCAAGGGCUUGGGCUGACAAAUAAUUUGACACCAAUUUGAGACUUCCAUUUCUUCAAUGUCAGUGGAAAAUAAAGUCACAGGAAUGUUACUUAUAUACUUUCUGAAUGGAAAAAAUUGUAAUGAGACAUAACUUUGCAAGUUAGUUUUCAAUCAUUUUAUAAUAAUCUUAUUUUGCAGCUCAAAACUAGUAGGUUGUUUUUAGGCUCAGUUCUGUUUAUUUCUAAAACUUUGCCAUUGUUAUGGGUCAUUUCCUCCACGUCUCCAGCUUCAACUUUGUUCGUUUGGCAUUGCUGCAUCCCAGUAGUCAAUCUCUUCACUUGGCAUUAAAUUAAUAUGUUAAUAUCAUAAAUUAUUCAAGUACAUAAAAGAUUUAGUCAGCAAAUUGCUUGGAGGGCUGAUGGAAGGACUGGGUCUUUGGGGGAAAUGUGUAAAUUACUUCUGCUUUUACUACUUUAGCAUGGUUAAAAGGAAGCCUUUUAGGACCACUUGUGGGAGAUUUAAUGGUGAAAUUCCAGGAUAGAACUUUGUAAUGUGAGUCAUCUUAUGGAAAAAUGAUUAUUUCAUCUUACACUGAUCCCCACCCUGUAUGGAUGCAGGAAUUCCCUGAGCUGCAUGGCCAGGCAAAGAGAGCAUAGGCCAACCCCUCCCAGUGUCCUUACUCUUGGGUUGAGUUAAGAGUAUUUACACACUCCUGUUUGAAUUAAGCAUACUUCUGAAGCCCUGCAAGUCCUCAGUGGCAGAAUAUUGUGGCUUUUUUUCCUGCAUGGAGAGCUCUCUUAUUUCCUUGUUAUUUUCUGGUAACUUCAAACUAUA